AUGCCUAUUGAGAUCCACUACUCUCACUCACUCACUCACUCACUCACUCACUCACUCACUCACUCACUCACUCACUCACUCACUCACUCACUCAUUUCCUCUUUCACUCUCACUCACUUACUUCCUCUUUCACUCACUCACUCACUCACUCACUCACCAACUCCUCCUCUUUUCUCUCACUUAUUCACUUACUCUUUUCUCUCCUCCUCCCUCACUCCUCCUCCUCUCCCUCCUCCUCCUCCUCACUCUCCUCCUGUCUUUCUUUCUCACUCACUCAUUCCUCACUCCUCCUCUCAUUCUCUUUCUCUCACUCACUUCCUUUUCACUAUCCUCAUUUUCCUCUUUCACUUCCUCCUCCUCCUCACUCCUCCUCCUCACUCCUCCUCUUCUCACGCACUGAUUCACUCACUCAGUCACUGUCUUUCUCUCUCACUCACUCUCUCUCUCAUUUUCUCUCUCACUCACUUUCCCUCACUCUCACUCACUCAUUCACACUCUCUUUCUCUUUCACUCUCACUCACUGAUUUUCUCUCUCACUUACUCACUCACUCUCUCUCACACACUCUCUCUCUCACUUUCUCUUUCACUCAUCCGCUCACUCACUCUCAAUCACUCACUCUCCCUCUACCUGACUCUCUCUCCCUCCCUCACUCACUCACUCACUUUUUCGCUCACUCAUUCUGUCUCGCUCUCUCUCUUUCUCUCUCUCUCUCUCACUCUCACUCUUAA